AUGGCCAACGUCAACAAACCCGUCGACGUGAAGGUCAAGGAGGCCGACGUGAACAGGAAGCUCCAGAUCUACGGCAUCGCAACCGCAUUCCAGAACGGCAAGGUUCCAUCGAACGACCAAAUCGAUGUUGCUCUCAACAGCUUCCUUGCCUCCAAGGCCCUCAGCUCGCCCGCAGACAAGCUCUCCCCGGAGGGAAAGGCUCUCGUAAAAGAUUUCCGCGAAGUUGUCACCCAGGCCAAGAACCUCCUGCUGUCCAAGAACGAGGGCAAUCUGCUUCAGGACUUCAUCUGGCAGACUACACAGUUCGACCCCAAGGCUGUCGGCACACCUAAUGCCCCUGUGAACAAGGAGACCGCCCAGCAGCAUGGCGACAAGGCACUGCAAGGAUUGCGCACUCUGGGGACCUUGAUCAUUACCAAUGGCCAGUUCCGGAAACUUUUGAACGACGCCAGCAUCCUUUUGCGCGAUAUCGCCGGUGAUGCCGCCACUAAUGCCGCUGGCAAGGUCAGGCCAACCGAGGAUCGUUUGGCCCAAAUUGAUCGGCCCGCCGAUGACAACACCUGGCAUGAUGCGCCCGACUUUUCGAAGCAGAACAUUAAGAGCCAGCUCCAGAAGAACUACAAGGGUAACGACCCCCAGCAGGACGCUCAGCAGGUAGCACACAACGCAGCCACUGCUGCCCAGGACCCUAGCACCGACAGUGGAGUCAACGUCGCAGCGGGCCUUGACGCCGCGAAGCAAAGUGCACAGGAGAAGACUGGGGUGACCGACCAAGAAGCAGCUGAGGCGAAACAGGCCGCCAACAAGCGUGCUGCAGAGUACCGCGCCAAGACACUGGAGUACCUCAAGAAGAAGAUACCCCAGGAGCGCCGCGAGCAGACCAUCUGGCGACUGAAGAAGAUGAUUCUUGAGUGCCAGCAGCAUCCCGACUACCAGGAGGCCAUCACGACCCUGUUGGACCUGGCCGAGCAGUACGGUGGCCACGCGAACACCUUGGCUCAGGGUGGUACCGGCACCGUUAAGGGCGCUCGCUCGUCCCUUGCCCAGGCUGAGGCUGAUCUCAAGACCCUGAUCGAGAGGUUCGCCAACGGCACUUCCAGCGAUGACUUGUGGUCGGCCGUGAACCAGAUCUACGAAGAUGCGCAGAAGGACCCGGAGCUGAAGAACUGGUUCAAGUCUUUGGACAAGUACAUUCGCCGAUCUCUUCAAGAGCAGGGCUACAUCCUUGAAGAAGCCUCUACCCAGGAGUGGAACAAGUUGUACGACCAUGGUGACUACUUGCUUCGACAGAAGUACAAGACGCACACCGAUCGCGUCAUCGACGAGGUCAAAUUCCUUGCUGGCCAGUUCGAUGAGGAUGUCCAGAAUAAGCAAUUCGCUGCCACUGUCAACAAGCUCUUCACUGAUCUGGGCAACGACGAGAAUGGCAAGGCAACCUUCAAGCCUCACCUGGUGAAGGAUGUCACCGAAGUCAUCCUUCCCGCUGUUUUCGAGAAUGUGGCGUAUAUACCCGUCCCUCGUAUCGAGUACUCUGAUCCACAGGUCGACGCUGUCAUUGAGAAUCUCGUUCUCGAGAGCGACAACUUCACCCCCAACCUGUUGGAGAUCAACAGCGAGAACCAUCUACGGUGGGGACGCAAGAAGGUCACCAGCAAGCACCAGCACGCAUUCGAGAUCAAGGUCUCGGGCGUCCAAAUGGACCUCCGGGACGUUAGCUUCUACGUCAAGAAGAAGCAGGGAUUCCCCUCGAUCACGGAUCAAGGUGUAAUGGACAUCAUCCUGGCCGGCGACGGCUUUGGUUUCACGCUGAAGAUGUCUUCGGCGGAUAAGAAGGAUUCCCAGAACUUCUUCAAGGUCGACAAGGUCGACGUUAACAUCAACAACAUGAAGCUCAAGGUGAAGAAGUCCAAGCAUAAGCUGCUGUUCGCCAUUGCCAAGCCGAUUGCGCUGAAGGCCAUGCGGCCUGCCAUCCAGAAGGCUGCUGAAAAGGCCAUCAAGGACAACUUCAACCAGGCGGAUGCCUUCCUGAAGCAGGUCCAGGUUGAAGCCGACCGCGCCUUGGAAGAGGCUCGCGAGGAUCCUCAGAACGCGCCCAACAUCUACAAGCGCUACGUGGACGCCUUCCAGAAGCAGCUCCUCCAGGGCAAGAAGAAGGCAGUGGAAGCUGUGGCCGAUAAGAAGGUCAACUAUGCCAUCACCCAGGAGGACAGCAUGUUCAAGGACAUCAAGUUACCCGGCGGUAUCAGUUCCAAGGCUACCGAGUACAAGGAGCUUGCCCGUAAGGGUGAGAAGUGGGAGUCGCCUGUCUUCUCCAUCGGAUCUGCUAAGACAAGCGCCGAUAUCCCGGCCGCCCCCAAGGUCACCAGGAAGCCUCACACCACCGGUGCUGCCACCAACGGUCCCAACACCAACGGGAGCACCACACUUGCCGAUAGCGGCAACAUCAAGAAUGACUUGAACGCCGCUACUCAUAAUCAGUUCAAUCCAUCUACCACGGCAACAACUGUCUCUUAA